CUCUCACAACCCUAGUUAUCAAACCCUCCGUCUCCUCAAGCCGCCGCGAACUCCCCGUCACUUGUUCCUCCUGCGCUACUUCCCUCCUGCAAUCUGCCUCCUCCACCACCACCACCAUUCCUCCGAGAAGACCCCUCCUUCGUGCCGUGAAUUGAGGGCAAGACGAGUCAUCAGCCAUCGUUGCUCCUCCUUCAAGAACUCGGAAGUAAGUUCGUGUAGUGUGCGGUGAAAUGGUUCCAAUAAGAAAUAGUGUUGUCCGGCACACACCGGAAAGAGUACAUGCUGAAAAGCGAUACUCUGAUAUGGAGAAUCGUCAUCAGACCCAAUGUAGAACAUAUCCGUGACUCCAUUGAGCAGCUGCGUAACUUGUUUGACACGGAUGGCCUUUAUGACGAGGGCCACGGGUCUACGUAUGUCGUGGGGUAUUCAUUGGAGAUGGCGAGCAACACAUUGCUGAUUAAUCUAGUGAAGCCUAUCAAGUACUUUCAUGCCAUCGCCAUCAAGGAUGGGGUUUCAUACGAGCUUGUUGAGGCUGUGUCCAACUUGCUUGCUAUCCAACUAGUCAGCUGUAUUUUUUUUCUAUACAAAAUCAGUACCAGCCACCAGUCAUCAGUCAGUCAGCAGUACUUUCUCCCAUAAUAAAUCGGGCAAUGUCCUGGUUAGGUAAAAUAAACGGAAACGCCACACCCGGACCCGGUGAUGGUCUCCUGGUGCUCCCAAGGCAGUGUACUGGUCCACCGCCGAGGUGGCGUCACAUCAAGAUUGCGGUGGAGGAGAAUAAGGUCAAGGAAUGGAUUAUUGCAGUCGUGCGAAGUGACAACAUGUACUGUAAGGGUAUCAUCAACAUGGGUUGGUAUUGUUACGAGCUUCGGGAAAAGGAUCCCAACCGGAAACUCCCACCCGAAUACAAUGCCAUAGACGCCGGCUGCGACGUGAGCUACCACAGCAUGAUAGGAUGCAGGUUAGAGGAUGUCAAGCAGAAACUGAUAGACGAGGGGCUGGGCUUCGGUUCCGCAGUGAGGUCCGUGAAAAUACUCUCGCGCUACCACCCAGCUCAUCUGAAUCCUGAGGAUCGCCGCCCCGGGAUGCCACUGGCGAGCCUGGUCUUUUCGUUUGUGGAGGCCGCCAGGAUGAAUCCUCGCUGCUCCGGCUUAGGCGCAGAAAAUGAUGGGCGCUACUGGAGCAUCGGGCCAGAACUUACGAGUCAGCUGUGGGAUCUAUCGAAGAACUGGCGGUACAUGCCAUACACUGUGCUGGAUUGUAGGGAUACCGGUGAAUGGACCCCAAACAAGUACCUAGACGGGAUCGGAAGGACUACCCGCCAACUUGCAGUAGGGACCCUCUCCAUUGUGCUCAACAGCCCAGAGUGGUACUACGAAAUCGCCGGACAGAAGCCAACCCGGAUGGAACUAGUUCUGGACCCUGAAAAACAGCGCUGGUUUAAGCAAUUGGCUUUGAAGAGGUUGAUGAAGAAGAAAAAACGCCGCCUGAUGGUGAUGGGACCUUCUUCCCCUUAACACAACACAGUCGUCACACAUGUCGCCAGCAAGAGAAGGAAGAAAUGGGUACGUGUUUGUCAGAAUAAGCUUGCAUUGUGCGGGGUAUGUGUUUGUGUUUCAGUUAGCGUCAGUUUGUUUCCUUGGGUUGUGCGCAUGUGUGUAGCUCACUGAGCCUGUCGUUCGUGGUGGUGGAGAGCGAGUAGGGGUGCAAAUAGGUGCUCUAAAGUAUCUACAACCCUCUUUAGUUAAAAAAUUUGUACUAAAUUUUCAAAGUGAAAGCUUAUUUUGAAAAACUGGUACAAAUUUUUGAAUUAAAGAUGGGUAAUAGAUAUUCUAAGAAGCACACAUUUGUGCACCUCUAAGAGUGAGUCGUCGUCAUCGUGUGAUUGUGGAGUGCACUUGUGAGUGGAGUCUGUAAUUUCCCUUCAUCUAUCACAAUAUAGCUGGAGUAAAGAAAAGCUGCAAGUUGUACGCCUGCAGCACAAAAACGGUUUUGUGUGUAUUCUUGGUGCACUACAUCAACUUUAUGUUAAUGCACUCGAGGGUUUCAUUAUAUUUUGGUUAACUUAAAUUAUUGUUGGAUUUGA